CUGACUGGUUUGCCAACUACCGGGAUUUCACGAGUAAGAACAUUUCAGAAGAGUCCGCGGGAGAAGUUCACGGAAACUGGAUGGGAUCAUCUCUGCUUCGUUGCUAACAUGAAUCUUGGACUGCCGUUGAAACCUGGCUGUGAUGAAACACACCAGUUACCCCUGAGACUGAGCGUGAAAGAAGAGGAAUAUGGACAUAUGAUUACAUGGCAAGAUGAAGAAGAAAAGCCCAUUGCAGAUCUUCACUGUAAAACGGAAUCAGACUUCACAGUCACUAAGCUCCACUUAUAAUGAAAUACUACAGACAACCGUGGAGGUUAAAGUGAAGAAAGAGGAGGAUGAGCAACAACACAACGAUUGUCCUCUGGAAAGUGCAUCAGAACAUCCAGAUGGAACACAACAGAAGAUCCAUGGACAGAAUGAUGAACUCAACCAGCAACUCAAUAGAAGGACGUACCAUUGCACAGUCUGCAGGAAGAGUUUCACAGUCCUGAGAGAACUCGAGGAACACCAGCAAACACACACUCUUAGUGUUAAUCAAAAGCAGAACACUUGUGAGAAGCUUAAUAAAUGUGCCCAGUGUGGAAAAGCAUUUUUACGCAAUGCAAAUCUUAAAACACAUAUGCUAGUACACACUGGAGAGGAGCCUCAUAAAUGUACAGAGUGUGGGAAAACAUUUGCACACCUUAAUAACCUCAACAGACAUAUGCUAAUACACACUGGAGAGAAGCUUCACAAAUGUGCCCAGUGUGGAAAAGCAUUUGCACAAGUUUCAAAUCUUAAAACCCAUAUGUUAAUACACACUGGAGAGAAGCCUCCAAAAUGUGCCCAGUGUGGAAAAGCAUUUGCACACGUUUCAUAUCUUAAAACACAUAUGUUAAUACACACUGGAGAGAAGCCCCAUAAAUGUACCCAGUGUGGAAAAGCAUUUACACAAUAUUCAAAUCUUAAAACACAUAUGCUAAUACACACUAGAGAGAAAUCUUAUAAAUGUGCCCAUUGUGGAGAAGCAUUUUUAAUCGUUUCACAUCUUAAAACACAUAUGCUAAUACACACUGGAGAGAAGCCUCAUAAAUGUACCCAGUGUGGCAAAGCAUUUUCACAGAUUUCAAAUCUUAAAAUUCAUAUGUUAAUACACACUGGAGAGAAGCCUCAUAAAUGUGCCCAGUGUGGAAAAGCAUUUGCACACGUUUCAAAUCUUAAAACCCAUAUGUUAAUACACACUGGAGAGAAGCCUCAUAAAUGUGCCCAAUGUGGAAAAGCCUUUACAACCUCCUCACAACUUAACCUCCAUAUGCUAAUACACACUGGAGAGAAGCCACAUGUAUGUGCCCAGUGUGGAAAAGCCUUUACAACCUCCUCCCAACUUAACCUCCAUAUGCUAAUACAUACUGGGGAGAAGCCUCAUAAAUGUGCUCAGUGUGAAAAAGAAUUUUCGCACGUUUCAAAUCUUAAUACACAUAUGCGAAUACACACUGGAGAGAAGCCUCAUAAAUGUGCCCAGUGUGGAAAAGCAUUUGCACACGUUUCAAAUCUUAAAACCCAUAUGUUAAUACACACUGGAGAGAAGCCUCAUAAAUGUGCCCAAUGUGGAAAAGCCUUUACAACCUCCUCACAACUUAACCUCCAUAUGCUAAUACACACUGGAGAGAAGCCACAUGUAUGUGCCCAGUGUGGAAAAGCCUUUACAACCUCCUCCCAACUUAACCUCCAUAUGCUAAUACAUACUGGGGAGAAGCCUCAUAAAUGUGCUCAGUGUGAAAAAGAAUUUUCGCACGUUUCAAAUCUUAAUACACAUAUGCGAAUACACACUGGAGAGAAGCCUCAUAAAUGUGCCCAGUGUGGAAAAGCAUUUACAACCUUCUCACAACUUAAUGUCCACAAGUGAAUACACACUGGGGAGAAGCCAUAUGCAUGUGUAGAGUGUGGAAAAGCAUACACUAGGUCAUCAAGUCUGAAAUGCCAUCAGCGUUUGCACAGUGAAGAAAAGGCCACAUAAAUGCUCGAAUUCUGAAGCCUGAAGUUUGCAGUUGUCAAAUGCAUAUGUUGAUACUCAGUUGAUGCCAGUGUGGAAAAACUUCUAAACAAGCUGGGUCUUUAAAACAUCACCUGAUAGUACAAGGCAGUGUAGGUCCACAUAAAUGUGCCUGACCUCUUAUAUGUUUACAAUAUG